AAAAAAGAGAAAAAAAGAACACCUCUUCCUUCCUUACAACGUUUCGCGUCUUCCUUUGCCAAAAAAAAUUGCAAUCCCUAAUUGUUGAAAUCCUUAAAAAUAGUCAUGGAUAAAAGGGAGAAGGGAAAAUCAGCGAAAUUUGAGAUCAAAGAGAACGAAUGGGGACCGUUAGAUUCAAAACCAUUGAUCGUAUUAAGCAGCAGUGACGAAGAGGAAGCCAAUGAAGACCUAAGCUUGAAGAUCGUCGAGAAAGCUCUAUCGGUGAAAGCGGCGAGGUUGAAUGAGGGAAAUAAUGCAGGUUUGGAUGAUCGAGGCGUCGUCUCUGUGGUGGAUUUGGUAUCUUCAUCUUCACAAGGGGGAUCCGACGUUACUGGUAUUAGUGGCGGCGGUGAAGAAGGGGAUUUGGAUUUGAAAAGAAAGAAGAUUAUUAAAAGGAAAAAGAAGAAAACGAAAAUUCAAAGGGCCAUCAUUACAGAGGAUGGAGAUAAAGCUGAGACUUUAGAGAAGGUCGAGACAGUUGAGGAGGCUGAGAUAGCUAAGCCUGCAGAGUCUGUUGAAUCUCUUGACCCAAAUACUGUAGACAUAUCUGACAAUAUUGUGCUCCUUUCUCUUUGGUAUUUAUUUUAUCAGAGGGGGCGGAGGUACUUUGAUCCUCCAGAUAGUGGUUGGGAAACAUGCUAUAAUUGUGGCGAAGAAGGGCAUAUGGCAGUGAACUGUACAUCUACUUCAAAGCGGAAGAAACCAUGCUUUGUUUGUGGGAGUUUGGACCAUGGUGCUAGACAGUGCUCAAAGGCCCAAGAUUGCUUUAUUUGCAAAAAAAGUGGUCACCGUGCAAAAGAUUGUCCAGACAAACAUAAGAGUGGCUCCAAGCAUGGUAAAAUUUGUUUACGAUGUGGAGAUUCUGGGCAUGACAUGUUUUCAUGCAGGAAUGACUACUACCAUGAUGAUCUCAAGGAAAUUCAGUGCUAUAUCUGCAAGAGUUUUGGCCAUUUAUGUUGUGUGAACUUUGUUGAUACCAGUGCAACUGAAGUUUCUUGUUACAGAUGUGGCCAACAGGGUCAUACUGGUUUGUCAUGUGGUAGGUCACGUGGAGAAACCAAGGAAACCACUGAUAGUGGAUCACCUAGCUUAUGCUAUAGGUGUGGUGAAGGAGGACACUUUGCACGUGAAUGCACCACUGGUACUGCAACAACUAGCUUAUGCUACAACUGUGGAGAAGGAGGACACUUUGCUCGUGAAUGCAGUUCUGCUAAGGUUGGUAAAAGAAAUCGUGAAUCAUCUACUCCAAAUGUAAGACCCCGUAGAGAGAAUAAAGAGUUUUUGGGAUACAAGUCUGCACCUCAUAAUCAUGGCAAGAUCCCCAAAAGGAAAAAAACCCAGUAUGAAGAAAAGGGCUUUAGUACUCCACGAAAUGCAAAACAAAGAGGUGGUUGGAUCACGGAGGAUCCUGGAGAUUUCUCCAAUAGGAAGCUCAAAAGAAACCAUUGGAAUUCUCCCUCAAUUUCAUCUAAUGAGGGACACAAGAGGUCAUCUUCAUCUUUUGGUGGUCGCAUAUCUGGUUCCCAAUCUUCUAAACCUAAUAGUUCUCAUGGAUUUUUGGCAUCAAGGUUCAGCAAUUUUGGCAAUGAUAAACCAAGGAGGAUGUACGAUGAUUGGUGGUAUUAAACAUGUUCUAGGUAGAAGCAUCCAUGUCAGUUGAGCAAAAAAAUCUGCAUAUACCUGUAGUUUGCUCCCAGCCUGUUAUAGAAAAUCUCCUAUGUUAGGAAAAUUUCGAAGGCACAAAGCCAUUGUCAAGCUGUUGAAGAGGAGAGCCAACCUAAAUUCUGUUUCCAGUCUUCCGCAAUUUGUGUUUCUUUCUGGGUUUCUUGCUGCACUUGGGAAAUGAUGAUGAGAUCAUUUAAUGGUAGGCUCUCUUAUGAUUGUUCUUUGCCACUUUGAGCUCCUCCACUUUUAUCUUUUUCUCUCAUUUUGGGUGUUGCUGCUCCCUCAUUCUUUACAAUGAAAGUUCACCUGUCUCAAAAGGCCUGUUUAUACUGUACUUUUUGGUGUGUGCUUUUAACUGUAAAUAAUAAUAAUAAUUAAAAAAAAAAAACAAAUUGACAUAAUCACUUACCUUGU